AUGUACAUUUUUGAGCUUCGGUCUUUCGGUAUUAAUCAAAUUUUAUCAAACAAGUCAACCUCACCAACAACACCACCAACUCAACCACUAACACCAUUAACCCUCUCAACCUCACCAACAAAUUCACCUGUUAAUCUAUCUCAUUCACAUCAUCAUCCAUGGCUUCAUUCAUAUGCAUUUCCAUCAUUUCGUGAACAUCCGACAAUCAAGUGUCAAUUACGGAAACACAAAAGCAAUCGAAAGCCAAGAACUCCAUUUACAAAUCAACAGUUAAUUGCGUUGGAAAUAAAGUUUAGAAGUAAAAGAUAUUUAUCGAUUGCCGAACGCGCCGACUUUUCCUCAUCGUUAAACUUAACCGAAACUCAAGUUAAAAUUUGGUUUCAAAAUCGUCGAGCCAAGGAUAAACGAUUGGCCGAUGCCGAGGAUUCGAGGAAGCGUUCUUCAGAUCUUUAA